CCUCGGUACUUGUUGUUGUUGUUGUUUACAGUGUAGAUGUCUCAGGCUCGUGCGGAAAGCCUGCUGAAAAGCAUAACGGGGCACAUAGUGCAGCAGUGUGCAGCGAGGGGCCAUGCGGUAUCAGAGCCUCUGGCAGCUUUUAUGGUCGGUAAAGCCAGGUCACUGUGUCGGUUUGAAUGAUCGGCCCAAUCACAGAGCUUCCAGCAGUAGGAGGAGGUAGAAGCUUCAGCCACCAGCUCCCACUGUGGGCUCAGACACCCUUCAGACUUUAAAUGCUGCUAUAGACUAACAAUGGAAGUGCCAGGUCACAGCAUCUCAGGGUGUGAUGUUCAGCUGUGUCUGGAUAAACUCUGGGAAGAGUGCAGCCCAUCCCUCGACACAAUCAAAAUGCAGCUGUAUUUUGAAAUGAAUUAUGCUUCUCGACGUGAGUUUUUUGAGGUUAUACACCAGGCAGAAGAGUCCAAGCUGAGCCCACUCUGCAGAGAGAUCACUGACAGCAGGGGGAAAACAAGGGGGGACUUAGACGCCCUGUACCGGAAAAUUGUCACCUAUAUCCUGCUGCGCUCUGCCAUGGGUUCGCCUACAGAUACCAACACUGUGGAAGAGGCUACAGCUGUCCUACAGAGCAUCUUCCCUCAGACUGAACUGGGAGCCUUUAUGGGGCUCUUAAAGAGGGACCAGGAGCAACAGCUCGAUGAGCUCACCAUGAUUGUCACCGGGAUCCGACUCUUCAAUGAAGCCAGCAAGAGGGGAGAAGAGGAGGUCAACAUCCAUGAACUAAUGCCUGCAGCUCUUAAAGGAGCUCUUGCAGUCACCAGUGAGAGGAUAGAAAACGAGCUGCGUGUGACACAGACUCUGGUGUACAAAUAUACCGCGGUGCUGGAGAGGCUAACAAACCCUGAGGUUCAGCUGGGUCAGGCUGACGUGCCCGUCGCUCUGCUCAGAGAGGCGCUGUACAAUGUCAGACAGCACGAGGUUUUCCUCAAAAUGUUACAGGCUGAUGCGUAUUUCUGUGCUAAGCGUGUUGAAAUCCUGCAGCGUGAGGUCUCGUCACAGAUGAAGCUGCUGAAAGAAGCGAUGCAGGCAAAGAUGGCGGUACCAACUGCGAAAGUUUUUCCACUAUUCAAGAUGCUGUCUAAGUUAUGGUCUGGACUUCGGGAUGAGGGCGAGUUGCUGAACAUCCUCAAUAACAUCAUGCUCAGUCUCCAGCCCUUCCUUGGCUCCCAGGCUCAGAUUUUCUCUGAAGCUUAUCUGGACAGUAUGCUGGAGGACUCGGAGGUGAAGACAGAUGAACAGAGAAUGCUUGAGUCUUCAGAUGACCGCAUUGAUCCAGUUCAGCUAAAGACUCAGGAAUGGCUUUUUCCUGAAACAACAGCCAGUUUUAAUGAGCUCCCCCUCCAAUAUAAUGGACUCUGUGGCUACACGCUUGUGAACAGAGAUGGCCUUCUACUUCCAGGUAAUCCAAACAUUGGAGUCCUGAAACACAAGGAGAAGCUCUAUGUUUUUACCUCCAAAGAAGCUGCUGUGAAAUUUGCCUUCAGUCCAGACAGCUUUGUCAGUGAGGUGGCAGAAAAAGCCAAAUUCUUCCCUGAACUCAUUCAUCUCCUCAAACUCCAACAGUUUUCCUGUCUCAGUCUGUGCUCUGAGGUGACCACACUCUUUUCGAUGCAGCCAAGGGAGGGUUUAGUGGUGAAGCCCAUUAUAAAAUGUGAGAGUGGCACUCAGACUGAAAUUCACCCUGUGGAGAAAAACAUCGUGAAGUCAUACGAGUGGAAUGAGUGGGAGCUUAGACGAAAAGCUCUCAAACUGGCUGAUCUUCUCUCCAGAGUUACAGUUUCAGUGCAGACUGACCUGAGCCACAUGAGGCGGGAAAAUGCCACUCAGACAUGGCUUCCCAGGAAUGCUGCCUGUCAAAGCAAGCGAGAGGGUGCGAGCAACGUGCCCAAACCUCAGACCUAUGUGGCAGGUCUGAGGGGACAGAGGGGUGCACAUGUGGUCAAAGCAAAUCUGACCAGACCCGUGGAUGAUUAAAGACAUUUAACCAAAUAAAAGUUGAUGUAGGAAUAUUUUUGUUUUUACGCUUUUUUUUUUCUUUUCCCAGCAGUGCUGUGUUGUGUUUACACCACUUGACCUCAGGCUGCAGUAACCUGCAGUCUACAUUACAGUCAUGUGAAAAAGAACAUUCUCACAAUACUCUGUGCAGCCCUGUGAAAAACUAGCACACCGUUACUGCUUCUAUAGGAAAUAAGAUGGUAGGUUCACCGAGGUGCUGCUAAUCAAAUGUACUUGAUUAACGGAUCAUCAGAAAGUGUGGCCCUUUAUUAAAGCUGGUCUGUGUGUUAACACAAUGCCACAAUCUUCAUAGGAGUGGACAUCCCAGCUCACACCACUGUAAGACUGUGCAUUGCUCAGAUUAAUAAAAAAUACCCAAGAGCUACAUCUCUGACUCUACAGCCCUGAGCAGGUUCAAGUUUAUGACAGUACAGUUAGUCUCAUCUCUAUAAAGAACAUGCAGCACAGCUUAGGUUUGCAGAGCUGCAUGUGAAUGAACCACAAGACCUCUGAAGCAGUGACCCGUGUUGGGCCAUAAUGCUCAGUGUAACAUUUGGUGAAAGCCAAACACAGCACAGCACAAACGCCUCAUAGCAGCUGCUGAGCGUGGUGGUGGAUGUUCCAGGUAACUCAUUCAUAAAGAACUGUGUAGAUGACAAAUUCAUUUACAGAAGUUUUUAUGUUAAAAUUCUGGUUAGCUUUUAGGUCACUAUGGUAACAUGGCUGGUUUUAUAUGUAAUUUUUUAUUAGCGCAGAAUAAAGGCUAUGGUUUCCAUUCUUUUAACCCUGUAACAGUGUUUAAUUUCCCUAGUUUGCUUUUGCCCUAGUUUUAUGAUGGGUUUACAGUUUGCAUUUUUAGAUCUUUAGUUAUUUGAGAUAUGUUCUUAAUUAUUGUUUAGUUAUAUUUUGAGUCCCCCGUCUGCACUUCCCAUGUCCUCCUGUUCUGUCGGCGUUCCUGAGUCUUUUUUGUUUCUCAUGUCUUAGUUCCUUGUCUCGUGUCUUGUGUUUAGUUUCACCUCCCGGUGUUUCCCUGUGUGUUUUUAGAUUUCCGUUUUAGAUUCCCUCAGUGUGCCAGUCCCUGUAUGUCAAGUCUGUGUUUGCAUCAUGUUUGGUUACUUCCUGUUUUAUUUUGACAGUCCUUGUCCUGUGUGCUUCGUGUUUAGUUUAGCUUCCCCUUGUCUCCUCUCUGUAGUUGUGUUCAGCUGUGCUCCUCACCUGUUGCUUGUUGCCUGAUUGUCUCUGUGUUUGUCAUGUCAGAACGAUCAUGUUUCUGUUCACAUUUGUAAUUUUGUUCCAGUUCUUGUCAAGUUAAGCUCUAGUUUCCAGUGAGAAUUUCAUGCUGCUGGCACCUGUCCAGUUUUAGUGGUCAAGCAAAUAAAGUUGAAAUCUAAAUUUAGUUUUGUCUGCAUUGGGGUCCUCUACCUUGCCUGCCAAACCUACUGCAUGGCAGCAUUUUACUGUAGCAAUCAAAAUGAAUGUCACAGUUGGGAUAUUCAUGAUGUGAAUAUUUGAGUGAAGAUGAGGCAGAAAGUUUAAGACUCAAAAGCUGAACUGACUGUACUUUAAAGACAGUCUGACCGUAACCUUAAAUUUCAUGUUGAAAUUUGCUCACACAUUGAGAUUCAGUCAUCAAAUGUCAAUAUUUUGAAAGGCAUAGUGUAUGAAAAUGUGGUCUGAAUCUUAAGUUUUCCACUGAAAAUCGUCUAAAUCGUUGUCAGCGGGUCAAUCCAGAACCAGAUCUGCCCAAAGGUAUCACAGGCACCGUAACAGAUCAGUAACUCUGUCCAUUCAGUUCAUAACAGCACCCAGAGAAGGAUCAUGGAUUCAAACUGCAGCAGGCUCGGCUCCGAUCAUUUACAAGCUGAUCCUGUCCAAAUCUGUUUUGGAUCCGUUCAUAGCGUCAUAGUCAUUCUGUCCUCUAUUCCUUAUUUUCAAUUCAGUUUUAUUUAUAGCACCAGAUCACAACAACAAUCGCCUCAUGCUGCUUUCUUAAUUUACUUUAUUUGAAAUCACUUAUCCUUCCAAAACUAUGCUGAAAUAUUUAAAAUCUAUUAAAGCUUAGACAUUUCUUAUAACAUGUUUUCCUUUACUGAUAAAAGACUUGGAAAGCUGCCCAGCAUUUUUUGAGUUAAAUGAAAAACAGUUAUUACAGUUGUUAUUUGCUAACUGUAGCAUGGGAGAUGGGUGGUCUCAUAGGGUGUCUUGAAUUGAAAUCUGCUGCAAUGACCCGGUUACUGCGUUCACCAGACAUCAACACAAUUUCUAUCCGCUCCUCACGUGUUAACCUUUGCGCAUGUCAAUGGCUGUGAACAAAGAGAAACUUGUAAAUAACUCA